GGGACCGCUCCAGAGCCGGGAUGUGUCCGGCCCCGAGGGCACGGCGGGCAGUGGGACCCUGACCCAGCGGUGCGGAGUCGGAGCCCCGGCUGUCCCGCGCCCGUGCUCCUCAGACCCGAGCCUGCAGUGGACCUUGGGCAGCUGGCGCCUCCGCAUGCCGCAGCGCAGUUAGGGAGAUGCUGCAGGAUAAGGGCCUGUCGGAGAGCGAGGAGGCCUUCCGGGCCCCGGGCCCGGCGCUCAGCGAGGCCAGCGCAUCCAACGCCCCCGAGCCCGCGCUGGCCGCUCCGGGCCUCAGCGGAGCCGCGCUCGGCAGCCCCCCGGGGGGCCCGGGCGCCGACGUCGCCACUGCAGCUGAGCAGACCAUCGAGAACAUCAAGGUGGGGCUGCAUGAGAAGGAGCUCUGGAAGAAGUUCCAUGAGGCGGGCACGGAGAUGAUCAUCACCAAGGCGGGCAGGAGGAUGUUCCCCAGCUACAAGGUAAAAGUCACAGGCAUGAACCCUAAGACCAAGUACAUCCUGCUGAUUGACAUCGUCCCUGCAGAUGACCAUCGCUACAAGUUCUGUGACAACAAAUGGAUGGUGGCAGGGAAAGCUGAGCCGGCCAUGCCAGGCAGGCUGUAUGUCCACCCGGAUUCUCCUGCCACGGGGGCCCACUGGAUGCGGCAGCUGGUCUCCUUCCAGAAGCUGAAGCUGACAAACAACCACCUAGACCCUUUUGGCCAUAUCAUCCUCAACUCCAUGCACAAGUAUCAGCCACGGCUACACAUUGUUAAGGCUGAUGAGAACAAUGCUUUUGGCUCCAAAAACACAGCCUUCUGUACCCACGUGUUUCCCGAGACCUCCUUCAUCUCUGUGACCUCCUACCAGAAUCACAAGAUCACACAGCUGAAAAUUGAGAAUAACCCUUUUGCCAAGGGAUUUCGUGGCAGUGAUGACAGUGACCUCCGUGUGGCCCGGCUGCAGAGCAAAGAAUACCCUGUGAUUUCCAAAAGCAUCAUGAGGCAGAGACUCGUCUCCCCCCAGCUCUCAGCCACACCGGACGUAGGCCCCCUGCUCGGCGCUCACCAGGCGCUCCAGCACUACCAGCAUGAGAACGGGGCGCACGCGCAGCUGGCUGAGCCGCAGGACCUGCCCCUCAGCACCUUCCCCACCCAGAGGGACUCAAGCCUCUUCUAUCACUGCCUGAAAAGACGAGCAGACAGUGCCCGCCACCUGGACUUACCCUGUAAGCGGUCCUAUCUGGAAGCUCCCUCUUCAGUAGGGGAGGAUCACUAUUUCCGUUCUCCCCCUCCCUACGACCAACAGAUGCUGAGCCCCUCCUAUUGCAGUGAGGUGACCCCAAGAGAAGCCUGCAUGUACUCAGGUUCCGGGCCCGAGAUUGCCGGGGUGUCUGGGGUGGAUGACUUGCCCCCGCCUCCGCUGAGCUGUAACAUGUGGACUUCAGUCUCACCGUACACCAGCUACAGCGUCCAGACCAUGGAGACUGUGCCCUACCAGCCCUUCCCCACGCACUUCACUGCCACCACCAUGAUGCCUCGGCUGCCCACCCUCUCUGCUCAGAGCUCCCAGCCACCAGGAAACACCCACUUCAGUGUCUACAAUCAGCUCUCACAAUCUCAGGUCCGAGAGCGGGGGCCAGCCGCCUCAUUCCCAAGAGAGCGUGGCCUCCCCCCAGUGUGUGAGAGGAAGCCGCCCUCUCCACACCUGAAUGCUGCCAACGAGUUUCUCUACUCUCAAACCUUCUCCUUGUCCCGAGAGUCUUCCUUACAGUAUCAUUCAGGAAUGGGGACGGUAGAGAACUGGACUGACGGAUGACUUCCACGUCUCCUCGGCAGCCCCGGGACCAUGUUGCUCCAGUGUCAACCUCGGUGGGUGGCCUGCACUACCAAGAAACACAGGAAGGUAUUUCAGAGGGGGAGCGUGUGUACGAGCUCGUGUGUGUUUGCAUUUGGAGAACAUCUAUCUUCUGACAUACAACUGAGGCCACGAAAGAAAAAAAACCCACAAUUAUCUGAGAAGUGAUUUUGGCUGCAGGACCUGGGUUCAUUGUUACCUGACAUCUCUUGGGAUGCCCAUGGGUGGGAUGGGCGUGGAGAGUUCAUAUGAGGUAUUUAGAGGUUUUUAUAAUAUAAUCUUUGAUUUACUCAGGGGCCAAGGGGGUAAGGUCCCUUCUACAGGAGAGAGUCUCACUGCUGGGGUGGGAGGGCUCUGCACAUAGCUUAGAGCUCCUGGCCUUCUGUUUACAAAGAGAGCUGAGAAUCUCGUUUUGGUAGCAGGAGGCCCACGCUUUUGGCUUCUGCGAGAGUACCUGAGAGGCGGGUUCGGCUCAGCCCCAGAGUGUGCUUUGAGAGUAGAGCUGGCUCAGUUAGUGGCCUAGACAUCGAUUCCUGGAGCUCAGAGGGCUGAGGGCCGACUUGCAGAAAGGAUCAUGUGCUAAAAGUAUUUUUUAAGAGGAGGGAAAAUGUAACCAAUAGCAUCUUUGUCAUUCAGAUUUUGUCAUAAGGUACAAAGCCCUUCCCCCGAGGCCCCCAACAUGCAGUCUGUUACUCUGGUGCGCAAGAUGCAGCCUCUCGGGCACCAUCUGCAUCAUCCUAUGACUGGCAAUUAUAAAAACGUAUCUCCCCUGGCAGCAUCCCCAGAAGACCACAUUGGAGCCGAUGGCAGGCAUCUCCAGGGCCUGCUCUGCUCCCAGAAAAUCCACACCUCUGCCUGGAGCAAGAAAGCCGAAUGGAAAUAAAGAGAAUUGAAAGAUGAGUGUGAAUUCAGCCAGUGAGCUCAGAGGAGCAAAGAUAAUUCUCCAGUGAGGUGCUCUCACAGUCCUUAGCCCUGCUCUUUACUGUUGAAUGUCACCAGACCAUCGGUGUAGCUGGUGUGAACUCUAAGUCAAAUUUGAGAAAUCACUAAACUCUUUGCAUGCCGAAUAGCUAUUUAUAUAUUAUAUAAAUAAAUAAAUAAAUAUAUAUAUAUAUCUCACAAAUGCGGGCCACACGUCAAAUUCAGCUUUGCUUUUUACAAAUGAAUAAACUUAAUAAAAAUGAACAUUGGAGGUAUUUGGAAAGACAUCUAUUUAAAUUUUUAUUACAUGUUUGAUGUUAAAGACUAAAAAUGGUUUAGAUGACACACAUAUAUAUAGGAAAACACACACACUCCACAGGUAAAGCUUUUGUAGAAAACACAUUAACUAACAGGCGAUAUGGAACGUCAAGUGUUAUAUAGCAUGGACAUUUUAUUUUACAUAUGGGAACAUAAAGCCAUUUUACAACUGUGAA